ACAAAUAUCAUACUUCAGACGAGUAAAAACUUCAAUUGUUCAUCGUCCUCGGCAGAAACAAAUUAAAUUAUCUGUGUUUUAAAUAUAAAGUUAGCAAAAUACCAUGUUCAAAAAUACCUUUCAGUCGGGUUUCUUGUCGAUUUUAUACAGCAUCGGUAGCAAGCCCCUCCAAAUAUGGGACAAAAAAGUGCGGAAUGGUCAUAUCAAACGGAUUACCGACAACGACAUUCAGAGUUUAGUGCUGGAAGUUAUUGGCAGCAACGUUUCUACGACAUAUAUAACGUGUCCUGCCGACCCAAAAAAAACCUUGGGCAUAAAAUUGCCAUUCCUUGUGAUGAUCAUAAAAAAUCUGAAGAAAUAUUUUACGUUUGAAGUGCAGGUGCUGGAUGACAAAAAUGUUCGUCGACGAUUCCGGGCGAGCAAUUAUCAGUCGACGACGCGCGUGAAGCCCUUCAUUUGCACGAUGCCGAUGCGACUUGACGAGGGAUGGAACCAAAUUCAAUUCAAUUUGUCGGAUUUCACGAGACGUGCCUACGGAACGAAUUACGUGGAAACGCUGCGGGUGCAAAUUCAUGCCAAUUGUCGAAUACGACGCGUGUAUUUUAGCGACAGAUUGUAUUCGGAAGACGAGUUACCGGCGGAGUUUAAGCUUUUCCUCCCGAUUCAGAAGCCGCAAUCGACGAAGCAGCAACCGGCGCAACAAGCAGCUUGCUGAACGACGCUUUUUUAGGAAUUUCAUCGAUCAUUUUUUCAUUAAAACGAAAAAAAAAACAAAAAUUACGCACACACGAAGCACGUUUUUCACGCGAUUUGUAGGAAUUUUCACGAAAAAACACUCACAUCGAUCAUUAGGACAAAAAUAAUAAAUUUAAAAAAAAAUCGAAAAAAAUUUCUUUUU